AUGGAUCGUGUACAAGUCCUUCGAGACGCCCUCGAGACUAUUCAAGAAUUCACAGCGAUUGCAGCAGAGCUAACCAAGGAGCUUAAACGUGCGCGCAAUCUCGACAUGGCUUCCAAAGGCCUUGUGCUGCCCCCGCCGGAGGGCUGGAACGAGGGCGGCGACGGCAACCCCAACUUCAAGGCCCUGGGAAAGCUCUCUCCACCUGUAAUGCGUAAGAUUGAGCCAUUUGGAGCGCAAUUUCUGGCCUAUGCCCGCCGCAAGCGCCAUGGCCGCACCUUCUCUGAAGAUCAACGUCUCGAGGCCCUCAAAAAGGUGAAGAAGUCUGAAGACGAUGAUGACGGCGAAAUCAGCGAGCCAGAAGAUCCCUUGAUGCUUGCGAGAGAUGCAAAGGACUGGAAGGGACAAGACCACUAUGCCGUUCUCGGCCUUUCCAAAUACCGCUACAAAGCUACCGACGAGCAGAUCAAGAAGGCUCAUCGCAAGAAGGUCCUCAAACACCAUCCUGACAAGAAGGCCGCGGCGGGUCAAAGCGACGAGAACGACAGCUUUUUCAAAUGCAUCCAGCGUGCCUACGAGAUCCUGACCGACCCAGUCAAACGCCGUCAAUGGGACUCGGUGGACGAAGCUGCCGAUGUCGAACCCCCCACCAAGAAAGACAUGCAGAAGCCUGGGAACUUUUACAAGAAGUGGAAUGCCGUGUUCCAGAGCGAAGCUAGAUUUAGCAAGAAGACCCCUGUCCCCAUGCUUGGUGACGAGAACAGCACGCGCGAGGAGGUCGAGGAAUUCUACGAUUUCUGGUACAACUUUGACAGCUGGCGCACGUUUGAGUAUCUUGAUGAGGAUGUCCCCGAUGACAAUGAAGGCCGAGACCACAAGAGACACAUCGAGAAGAAGAACGCCAACGCUCGCCGCAAGCGCAAGACAGAGGAUACCGCUCGUCUCAGAAAACUUGUGGAUGAAUGCUUGAGCUACGAUGAGAGAAUCAAGAAAUUCCGCAAGGCUGCAAACGCAGACAAGAACAAGAAGCGGCUUGAGAAAGAGGCCGCCGCGAAACGAGAGGCUGAAGAGAAACAGCGCGCCAAGGAAGAGGAGGAGCGCAAGAAGAAAGAGGAAGAAGAAAAGCUGAAGGCGGACAAGGAAGCGACCAAGAAGGCGAAAGAAGCGGCCAAGAACGCCGUCAAGAAGAACAAGCGAGUUGUCAAGGGCAGUGUCAAAGAUGUGAACUACUUCUCUCAGGGUGAAGCGUCUCCGAAACAGAUCGACGACGUGUUGAAUGACGUGGACAAGUUGCUCGGCAAUGUUGACGCAGAUGAGUUGGCUGAGCUGGUCUCCAAACUCAACCUCGCCGGAAAGGACGCCGCAAAGGUCAAGGAGGCUUUCUCCGCAACCACCGGUAGCCUGGUUGGUGCCGGGAAGUUGAAGGAGAGCGACCUGAAAGUCUUGAAAUGA